AUGGAUCUGCUCCCCAAAAAGGAGCAAGUCGAUGUGCUCAAAUACAUCCACGUUAAAGACGCCAAAAUGGCCCUCGUCUCGCGCCUCCUCAAACGGUACCUCAUCUCGCGCUACGCGCCAUGCGCCUGGGACGCGGCGACGCCAACACCAAACAAGAACACGAAACCAGUCUACAUAGCCCCCGACGGCUCGGAGCCUGUGAUCUUCAACGUCACGCAUCAAGCUGGUCUCAUCGUUCUGAUUGCCAGUGUGCGACCCAAACCAGGCAUGAGUGUUGGCGUGGACAUUGUGUGUCCCACUGAACGGCGCGACAAGGACCUUGGUCUCAUCAGCAAAGACGGAUGGAAGGAGUAUGUCAGCAUGCACGAAGAGGUGCUGAGCCAGGCCGAGUGCACCAGCCUGAACCGUCUGCCGUUCAAGGACCUGGACCACCGCCUGCGGUACUUUUACACGCUGUGGUGUCUGCGGGAAGCCUAUGUCAAGAUGACGGGCGAGGCGCUCCUCGCUCCGUGGCUGAAGAGGCUGGAGAUGCGGUACUUUGCCCCGCCGGAGGAUGCGCCCAUCAGCCAGACGGAGAUUUGGUUCCAAGGGCGGCUGUUGGAUGAUGUCGACCUGGAUCUGGUCAACGUCUUGGAUGGAUUCAUAAUCUGCACGGCUACCAAGAGAGGUAAGAAGGGGGAUAGCCUCGAGCUGGGAGAGUAUGAGCUUUUGGACAUUGAGGACGCCAUCGCAUUUGGAGAGGGGAGUCGCGAGCUCCCUAGAAAGGAGAGCGAGACUCCGCGGCCCAUUGUGCAAAAGGCCAUGACAUUUAGCCCGAGCGUACUGACGAGAUAG